GAAGGGAAGCAAAAGUUUUGUGCUGUUUCAGUCUGUCAGGCCUCUUGGAAACUACUUUACCUUUGGAAUAUUGCUGAACAGAAAGGUUUACCAAUAUGGUCACUAUGCGAAAGUGUCUUACAUGCUCAAGACUACAGUUGGCUGUGAUGUUUGUGGUAACAGUUUAUCUCAAUACAGAUGUCUUAGAGGCUAUUCGGAUAACAUCCACAGGGCCUCAGACCAUUCAGAGAGCCCAGGGGGAGACAGUCAUGCUGGGGUGCACUUUCACCCUUGACCCAUCUGACACAGGAGAACUGGACAUUGAGUGGUUGAACGUCCGUCCAGACAUGACCCAGAAAGACCAGCUGAUAUUAUCUUAUUCAGGAGGGCAGAAAUUGCAUUAUGGGGACCUCAGCUUGUCUACCAGGAUGUCCUUCACAGGAGACCCCACACUGGGAGACGCAUCCGUCUCCAUCGCUGCAGUGAAGGUCUCAGACACAGCCACCUACCAGUGCAAAGUCAAGAAGGCGCCGGGUGUCGACAUGCAAAAAAUUACUCUGGUAGUGAUGGUCCCUCCAUCAAUGCCUAAGUGCUGGAUUGAAGGUGGCGAGGAGAAGGGGAGCGAUGUCUCCCUUCAAUGCAAGUCCUCCGUGGGAUCCACCCCCCUCAACUAUGUCUGGACCAGAGAGAGUGGAGGGGCCAUCCCGCCCACAGCAACACAAAACUCUCAGACUGGAGGGCUGAUGAUAAGAAAUCACUCAGAGAGCUACAUGGGAAACUACCUGUGUGUGGUGUCGAAUACUGUUGGCAAAGGGCAGUGUAAAUACACCCUGCACGCAUACAACCCUUCCAACAAAAAAGGGAUCAUAGCGGGUGGUGUGAUUGGUGCCCUGCUACUGUUGCUCCUCCUCCUGCUUCUCAUCUGGCUUCUGGUCUGCUGCUGCCACAAGCGUCGCUAUGAGAAGGAGGUUGCCCAUGAAAUCAGGGAGGACGCCCCAGCCCCAGAGAGCCGCCCCACCAGCAGGAACUCCAGCUUCCGCUCGGUCCUAGGCUACCGCUCCCACCCCGGGGUGGUCUACAGCUCCGUAAGAAAGGGCCAGCCCAAGAGGACAGAAUCAGGCCACAGCAGCAUCUACACAGACAGGAGCAAAGGCAUGCCCGCCCACAGCGGGCAGCAGGCCCCUCCUGUGUUGAAAUAUGACAACAAUUAUGGCUACCCUGUGUAACAAUAUUUUGGUUUGGGAUAAGAAACCUCAUCAAAUUUUUUAAGUGUCAGUUUUAGGACAUUUUACCAACUUUCAGUAUAAACAGCUAUCACAUGCAGGCAUAGAGCCCCACAGUGGAGGUGUCAUAAUAUCCAUUAAAACCUAGUGGUCAAACAGGGAAAUGGUUUCAAUC